AUGACAUGGGCAAUGUUAAUAACACUAAUCAUCUUUUCCUUCAUCUCAAACACAAUCUCCCAACAAGAAUACGUUAACAACAAACAACUCGAUUGUGAAAACACAUUCAACUCAACAUUAGGCAACAUUUGCAACAGCGUCAAUUCAUGUCAAUCUUACCUCACCUUCAAAUCAAACCCCCCAUACAACACUCUCUCUUCCAUUUCCAACCUCCUCAACGCUUCACCUUCCCUCGUUUCCCAAUCCAACAACAUCUCCACCCUCCAAACCAUCCCCACAGACACAAUCCUAACCGUCCCCGUUACCUGUUCCUGUUCCGGUGACAAUAGCUACUACCAGCACAACACUUCAUACACUUUGAAAACCGCCGGUGAAACCUACUUCGCCGUCGCGAAUCUUACCUACCAAGCUCUCACCACCUGUCAAGCUCUUAUCGCUCAGAAUCCUUACGGUAUUCGAAACCUCUCUGUUGGUCUCAACUUGACUAUUCCUCUCAGAUGUGCUUGUCCCACAAAGAAACAGAGAGAUCAAGGAAUCAAGUAUCUUCUCACCUACUUAAUCUCUCAAGGGGAAACCGUUUCUUCCAUCGCUGAUAUUUUCGGGGCUGAUCCACAAACUGUUAUUGAAGCUAAUGAGCUUUCUCCUACGGCUUUUAUUUUCUACUUCACACCUCUUUUAGUCCCUCUCAAAAACGAGCCACCGAGAAAUAUUAUCAAACAAGCUACACCGCCGGAGUCUCCGCCGCCGCCGCCACCGGCGAAUCCUGCUGAGAGUGGUUCUUCCUCAUCUAAAAAAUGGGUCAUCGUUGGUGUCGUAGUUGGGGUUGUUGUUUUGCUUUUAGUAGUUCUUGCUCUGUUUUUCCUCUGUUUCUAUAAGCGGAAGCGGCGGCAACCGGAACUACCACCACCGGUGGGUAAACCUUUCUUAGAUUCCGACAACAACAAGGUUUCGGAUACAACCUCCACAACCCAAACUUGGUCACUUUCUUCGGAGGGGAUUCGUUAUGCAGUUGACUCGUUGACUCAGUACAAGUUUCAAGAUUUGCAAAAUGCAACCAUGUUUUUCAGUGAAGAGAACAAGAUUAAAGGUUCUGUUUAUAGAGCUUCGUUUAAAGGCGAUGAUGCUGCUGUUAAGAUUCUGAAAGGUGAUGUUUCUUCGGAGAUAAACAUUUUGAAGAGGAUUAACCAUGCCAAUAUUAUAAGGUUGUCUGGUUUUUGUGUCUACAAAGGUAACACUUAUCUUGUUUAUGAGUUUGCUCAGAAUCACUCUCUUGAUGAUUGGCUUCACUCUGAGAACAAGAAUAAGAGUUAUGAGAAUUCGAAUUCUAUGUGUUUGAGUUGGUUUCAGAGAGUUCAGAUUGCUCAUGAUGUUGCUGAUGCACUUAAUUACCUUCAUAAUUAUGCUAAUCCACCUCAUGUUCAUAAGAAUUUGAAAAGUGGUAAUAUUCUUUUAGAUGGAAAAUUUAGAGGUAAAGUUUCAAAUUUUGGGUUGGCUAGAGUUAUGGAGAAUGAAGAUAAUGAAGGGUUUCAAUUAACAAGACAUGUUAUAGGAACUCAAGGUUACAUGGCUCCUGAAUAUAUUGAGAAUGGUUUGAUUACUCCGAAGAUGGAUGUUUUUGCAUUUGGUGUUGUGAUUUUGGAGCUUCUUUCUGGAAGAGAAGUUGUUGGUGGUGACAAGAAUAAUGGUUUGGGGGAUCAGCUAUUGUCUUCAACUGUGAAUCAAGUUCUUGAAGGGGAAAAUGUAAGGGAGAAACUGAGAGGUUUCAUGGAUCCAAAUUUGAGAGAUGAAUACCCUUUGGAUCUUGCAUAUUCAAUGGCUGAGAUUGCUAAAAGAUGUGUUGCUCGUGACCUGAAUUCAAGACCAAAUGUUUCUGAGGUUUUCAUGGUUUUGUCUAAGAUUCAGUCCUCUACAUUAGAUUGGGAUCCAUCUGAUGAACUUGAAAGGUCAAGAUCUGUUAGCCAAGUUUCUGAUAGCAUAUAG